UUAUCUGUGACUCUGUUAGUAAGAUAGAAUAUUUUGAACAUUUUUUUGGCCAAAGCGCCAAUUACUUUUAAGUUAAUAGCAAGAAAUAAGGAAUAUGUGGACUUUAUUAAGUAGAAAAUUAAUUUGUAUGAUUAAGAAUUGUUCAAUUAGACGUUUUGCCUUGCUUCCAACUGCUGACAACAGUGUGGACCCAAAGGUUAUGUUUGAAUUAAAAAAACACUUGAGGACCCAGCGGUUGCUCCUUAAAGAUGGGCCAACGUGCCUUCAGGUGGAAUGUCGUCUGUGUGAUAAUAUAUCUGGCGGGGAUGCUUAUGUGAAUAAACGGACCGGGCUUUUCCUAUGUCCCACCUGUGAUAUGAAGAAAAAUGUGGCAGACGUGCUUCCUUUAUAUGAAAAAAAGUCCAGAGGCGAUGCAAAGUUCAAAACUGUAGAUUAUAAAACUAAAUUCACAAACUUGCAACCCGUUUUGCAAAGUGUUUGUGACCAACUUGGAAUAAAGGGACUUAAAUCGACAGACUUAGAGUACUUAGGAACUGAAUAUGAACCCAGUCUCAAUGCUCUUCGUUUUCCUCUUCGAAAUGUUACAAAUAAAGAUGUCGGUGAGAAAAUUCUUUAUUUGUCCGAUAAAACAGAGGAAACAAUAGAAAAUUAUAAUCAAUCUGGGUUACUUUUAUGUAAUGCUGACCACAAAACCACGCGUGUUGUUCUAGUGUCAAAUAUUAUGGAUUUCAUCGUUUUAAUAAUGCAGCGUUUGAGUAACACUGCAAUUGCUUGUUUACCGUACGGAUUGAAAUCACUGCCUCAGGAAUGCUUACCCUGCCUUGAAAAAUUUAAAUCAGUUGUAUUUUGGUUUGAUUUCGAUACAGCAAAUUGGGAUGCUGCAAAGAAUUUUUCGAAAAAAUUGGAUGAUAAGCGCUGUUUUUUUAUACGACCGACGGACACUGAACCAUCUGCUUUCGAGGCUCAUAAGAAACGAUACAAUUUGCAACAUAUUUUGGACAAAGCAACACCUAUAUGUCAUAAGUCUAUAACUACGUUCAGCGCACUCAAAAAUGAUAUCCUUAGUGAGUUGCAAAAUAUUGAAAAAGUCAAUGGAGUAAAGUGGAAACGGUAUCCUAUAUUGAAUAAAAUCCUUAAAGGCCAUCGCAAGGGAGAAUUAACAAUACUAACAGGCCCUACAGGCAGUGGCAAGACCACUUUUAUGAGCGAAUACUCUUUGGAUUUGGCUUUACAAGGAGUUUCGACAUUGUGGGGUUCUUUUGAAAUCCGUAAUUGUCGCUUGGCAGCAACACUUCUGCGACAGUUUGUAGGUUAUUCCCUAGAGGAUAAACUCAAUGAGUUUGAGUAUUGGACCAAUGCAUUCGAAAAAUACCCUUUGUAUUUUAUGACUUUCCAUGGUCAGCAGCCUCUUAAGCUAGUCAUGGAAGCCGUUGAACAUGCUCAAUAUAUACAUGACAUAAGUCAUGUGAUAAUUGAUAAUCUUCAAUUUAUGAUGGGUACAUCCUUUACACAGAAAAGUGACAAAUUUUGGGAACAAGAUUCAAUUAUAUCUGCUUUUCGGUCUUUUGCUACCAAAAGUAAUGUGCAUGUAACAUUGGUAAUGCAUCCACGCAAAGAGCGGGCGGAAGAGGACCUCACUACCAGUUCUGUAUUCGGGACAGCAAAAGCUACCCAAGAAGCUGACAAUGUACUUAUUAUUCAAGACAAACGCUUAACUUCUCUUCGAGGGAAAAAAUAUUUACAAAUUGUUAAAAACCGUUACAGCGGAGACUUGGGUAUAAUGCCGCUAGAAUUCGACAAAGAAUCGCUAAGUUAUUCUAUAUCAAACAGAAAGAAGAAGUCGAGUAGCUCAUGAAAAUGUUUGAAGAAAUAAUCAGUUAUAUUAAAUACACUUUCCGUUAAAUAUUUAGAUGUACGUUAAUAAA